AUGAAGAGGGCGCUGGGCGCACGAACGCCCCCUAGAGGCGGAAGACCAGCCCUCCACGGGUUCGGAGUGUGGGGACUCGGCCUUCGGAGUUCAAAGGCGGCUCUAGCCGAGCGAGCGGAAGGCCGCAGGGGAAUUGUUUCACACCAGAUGGUUUACCGCGCCCUUGGAACUCGAGAGGAGAGGGACUACAGACCGUACUGCCCAGCCUACAGUUGCGCCCCGGGGGAGACUAUACCGCCAGCUGCACGGGCGCUCGGCAGCAGGUCAGAGGACGGCGGAAGGGCGCUGGGGAGCCGGACCGGUGGCCGCGCGGCGGACCGAAAGUGCGAGGGAUGA